CGCUCAGACAACAGCCAGGAAGUACUUGGGCCGCCAAUGGCCGUACGUGUCUUUGACACGUCAUUGAGGGAAACAUGGCGGCGCACGUUACCAUGUCUGUGAGACGACUUCUCCCACAGGGGAGCAACUUCUUCAUGUCUACAGCCUGGUGUUUGUAUCCUGGAGCGUUACGUCAUCACCACUGCUCUGCAGGUGCCUCCCUUCGCUAUGUACCUCGCCGGGCAGUUCUGUACUGCCCUGGUAAUGAUGAGCGGAAAUUAAAGAAACUUGCUUCACUGGAUGUCGACUGUGCAGUUCUAGACUGUGAAGAUGGUGUGGCCCUAAACAAAAAGAAUGAGGCCAGAGAGACCAUUCCCAGGAUGCUGGUAGAACUGAACCUGGGACGGACAGAGAAGUGUGUGAGGGUGAACUCUGUGUCCAGUGGUUUAGCUGAAGCUGAUCUGCAGGUCAUUCUGCAGGGUGAGGUCCUGCCUCCUGCCGUCAUGUUGCCCAAAGUGGAAGACACACAAGAGGUGCAAUGGUUUGUUGACAGGUUUCAUCACAGCUUGAAAGGAAGGCCACUGACAGAACCCAUACGACUGGUCACCUUUGUGGAAACCGCUGUGGGCCUGCUGAAUUUUAAGGUGGUGUGUGAGGAAAUCCGUCGACUUGCUCCAAGUGUUGGUCUUCACCACGACGGUGUGGUGUUUGGGUCUGAUGACUUCUGUGCCAGCAUAGGUGCCACCCGGACCAAAGAUGCUAGAGAACUCCUUUACGCCAGACAGAAGGUGGUCGUAACCACCAAAGCUUUCGGACUACAGGCUAUAGACCUGGUCUACAUAGACUACAAAGAUGAGGCUGGGCUCAGGCAGCAGGCAAGAGAGGGAGCUCUCAUGGGUUUCACAGGUAAACAGGUCAUACACCCAGGUCAGAUCCAGGCUGUUCAGGAAGAGUUCUCUCCAAGUCCAGAGAGGGUCCAGUGGGCCAGAGAGCUUAUUGCUGCCUUUGAACACCAUCAGGAAGAGGGCAAGGUUUAUCGUGAGGAGACAGGAAUGAAAGAAGACGCAAAGAUCAAACUGGUCCCAGUCUCCACCACCACCACCACCACCACCACCACCAUCAGCAGCAUCAGCAUCAGCAUCAGCAUCAGCAGCGCCGGUUCCUUCUGUUGUGCAGUAAGUCAUUAUCACUCUGAUCUGAUCUUAACGUCAUCUUCAAUGUUGGCGUCUCUCCAAAGGCUUUCACUCAACACAGGAGACAAAUAAACAAUGUCCGGGUGCAUUAGUCUAGUUUGUCAGCUAAAUUUCAAUUUCAAAUACUUGACCCUUCAUCUCAGGAUUUUUAUUUUAUUAUUUUAUUUUCUAAACUCAGAAUUCUUAGAUCAGAAAUGUAGCUCUGCCUUUAUUACAUGUCGGUCCUUUCAAACAAGAAAUAAGGAUAGAAAUCUUUGACUUCUAGUUAAAAUGCAGACUUUUCCUUUAUAAGACUGCCUCUGCUCUAACGCAGACUUUUCUGUUAGAAUGCUGACUUUUACAUCAUAAUGCAGACUUUUUUUCUCUCUGAAUGAUCCCUGUUCUCUUAAAUCUGUGAAUUUCUCAAAAAUGCAAGCAGUUGUUGAAGAAUUUUGACUUUUUAUUUGAAAAUGCUGACUCUAGGUUUUACCUAUUAGACUUAUCUCUGUGGGUUGAUAUUUUGUGUCCAAAAUCCAGAUUUUUUUGGUUUGAUUGAAGUGACAUUUCCACUUAAAAUGUUUUUUUUUCUCAUCUCUCCUCACCUGUGGCUUUAUUCUCUAACUCUCACUGAGCGUUACAUUCAAAAGAACAGACAGACAAAUGAAACAGCACUCCACCAUCUUUGUUGCAUGGACAUCAGCUGCUUGUUUUUUCUCAAAUUUAACUUCAUUCUAAAUUUCCCAUAAAAUUAACAGUUAUUGGUCUGACAGGUUGAGGUUUCAGAAUUGCUGUAAACAUUUGUAUUUUCCUGUAAAUAUGAAGGAGUGGAGUUAUUUUCUCUCAGGUUUAUCAGUGCUGGUCCUUCCCAGCGGGGGGGCGCUCUGAUUGCACCCCACAGACAUUGACAGUUCAGAAGAGCCUCUCGUUGCUCACCUUCACUUCUUGACUCCGGCGGGUUUGAAGGAGCUAAUUUGAUUGACUUUUAGCUGCACUUCCUUUUCUUUACCUUCACCUCACAGACCGUCAGUCCCCUGACAGUACGAGACCUUUCUGGUCAGUGAAUGUAUUGACAGGCAGACGCUCAGCACUUGACGUGUCAAUGCCUCGUCCACUGCGCUCCUGUUUGGAUUCUUGUAUUUCUCAUUGACGGGGUUGAUUCAUCUGACAGAUUGAAGCAAUGUUACCCACCGUAGAGGCCUCAGGUGCAGGUGGUUUAUGUGGAAAAACAACUUUUGAAGAUUAUUCGAGUUUUUCUUGGCUAUCCUUUCUUCUUUUCUUCAAGCAUUUAUUCAUGUUUUGUUGUUGUUGACUUUUGCUGACUUUCUCUUUAGUAAUUUUUUUUCUCUUUGUUUAAUUAUAUUUAAGACCAAUCAAUUAGUUGUGUUUGGGCUGUUUUCACAGCUAACUUUUCUAUAGCUCUGGUUUAGCUACCUCACCAAUAUAAUUACAUAACAUAUAUUUUCAAGGCUAACUUCUGAAAAAAAAUAAUAAAACAAAAACUGCUAGAACUUCCAGACAUUACAAAUCAUGACAUUUAUAUUUAUUAUGGAGAAUAUGAAUAUAAACAUGACUCAAAAAAGGAACCACUCCUUCCAGAGCUGUUCUGCUGACUGACGUCCAAUGUUCCUCUGUGGGCCUGUAAGGCAGGCGGCGAUGGCUGAGCAGCUUUUUCUUUUAAAAAGUGUUGACCAAGGUUUACUUCCCACCUAGAAUCCCCCGGUGCCAAGUGUGAGUUCUGAAGGUCCUCUCUCCGUCUCUGUGGUCCACCUGUGCUUUGGGGUUGCUGCCGUCCCACCAACACUUGAGAAAUAAAUCAGAUGCACCGCUGACAGCAGCUUACGGUGAAGCAGGAGGACAGGGACAGGGAAUUACGUGAUAAAAGGCAGCGUUCACGACAGAUAUUUUCACGGCCAGUGGAAUAAAAACAUUCACUUCAGAGCCGUAUAAACACUUCGCUGUUUAUACUCCCUGAGACUGAAUGAGUGUUUUUUUUUCCAAUUGGUAAAUAUUUGGAAAGUGUCAUUGCAAGGUGUUGCUAAAGUAAAAAAAAAAAGGAUUGUAUCAUGUAGCGGUGUUGAUGCCACUGGUGACGUGUCGUUGUUCAAAGAUACUCUUUGCUGCUGACAGUUUUUCAUGACUGUGCACUGGAGCAGCAUGAUUAAGUUGCUCUGAUGUUUGAUGGCUGUAGCCCUGUAGCUGGAGGGUUGUGACCAGGCUUUGUAGUUUAUCAAUAUUGCCGGGUGUAAAGCCCUGCCUAGUUGUGCAAAUGUAUAGACUUUGUUUAUAAGUUUUAAUAUACUCAAAAUAUUAUUUAAAAUGCUGUAAAACAUAAAUUAGUUACCCAGUAGACAACAUAAAGUGGGUUCAAGUCAGUUACAAAUUUUACAAUGCUAGACAAUCAAUGUUGCUAACGUUGCAAAUGCUAUAUCCAAGUCUUGACCUGUUAUUCAGUCGAAUAUGUGUGAAAUUUAACAAAUAUGUGUAGAAGGAGACACUGACCAGCAUCAUCUGAUUUUGUUAAAAAUAUCCCAAAAUAUCCCUGUUUCACCGGACUAUAUUUUAUGUAUUUAUUUUUCAAACCCGGCGUCAGACAGACGACACAAGACACCCUUCGCUUUUUCACCAACACACGUCUAACACUCUGCCUCUGUUCUAACAACUUUAAUGUAAAAGCCAGACUAUAGACAGGGUGGUGUGAAGCUAAGGAUGGAAUUACCAAAGCUUUUACCCCGAUACCUCUGGGACUCAAACCCUAAUCAUGUGGCUGAGGUGGCAGAGCCUGGGGCAGCAGUAGAAUUAUGACGAUUAUGGCAUGUUAGCACAUGUCUGAGAGUGGAGUGGACGGACAGACAGAUGAGUUCAUCAGUGGCAGGAUUAGUUAGCUCCCAUGCUGCUCUGUAACUACCACCCGGCCCUUGCUACGUCCUCGCACGCAGUGGCCUCUCAUUAAGAGCGAAGGGCGCAUAAUGAUCCGUGUGUGUGUGUGUGUGUCCAUGUGUGUGAGUUUUACCCUUUUAGGUUUAAAGUUUUAAAGGAAAUAAGGAGUGAACAUGUGUACACAGUGGACAGGAAGAAGGUAAAGGUUAGAAAGUGACACACGUCAAACUCCUGAAGGCACGACGUUCUCCUUCAGGACAGAGCGUUUGUAGAACUGUAGACAUCCAUGUUUGAUUAUCUGUAGCUCUGGUUGGCUUGAGUUUUACGAGACGUAGAUGAACAUGUUCAGUUUUAAUAGUUCUAUAGUUUCCACAAGUUGUCUGAUAACUUGUCAUUUAUUAACAGUAUCAGUCCGCAGAAGUCAGUCCUAUUAUGUAAAGACUUUGGGAUGGGAUGGUAUCGGUGUAUUGGUUUAAAUAUGACAAGUUGAGGCAAAACAGGCAUCAGGCAACAGUCGUCUUAGGCUAA